AUGGAAUAUCAAAGUCGUGAAACGGUGGAGUUUGAUGCGCAUGAGGGCUGGGAGUUCUGGUCGGAAUGCGAGCCUGGGUGGCUGUAUUUUGAGGAACACUGCUACUUCAGGGGGAAAGAAUACUUAACAUGGGACGAAGCUAAGCUUCAGUGCAAAAGUCAAGGAGGGUAUCUCACAGAGAUUGAAUCAAGAAAAGAAAAUGAAUGGAUCAUUAAUUAUCUAGCACCAGCGUAUUGUACCCACCGCCUAUGGCUUCAGUGUGUGGUUUGGAUCGGGGCCAAUGACCAGGAAAACGAUUGGAGGUUUGUAUGGGACUGGAGUAGAAGGGGACUCACCUUUACCAAUUGGAGAUGGAGAGAACCAAAUAAUUAUAACCGAGAGGAACACUGUGUCGCUGUCACAUACCCUUGGCAGGAGUGGAUAGAUUUACGAUGCUGGGAGAGACGGCCUUAUGUUUGUGAGAAAAAACGUCCAACAGGCUCCAUAUAA